GGUGGUCUCUUCAGGGAAUGGGAGCAUGGGGUGGCUGGGGCCAACUCGCCUUCACGGGCUUUUCGCAGUCUACAAGCCGCCUGGGUUGCACUGGAAACAUCUGCGAGACACUGUGGAGUUUCAGCUCCUGAAGGGGCUUAACUCACAGAAGCAAUAUACCCCUCAAGAGCACAUCCGAUUCCUGCUUGGGCCCAUAGAAGGAAGUGAAGGGAAAGAACUGACCCUCACAGCCACUAGUGUUCCAGUCCUUUCUGAGCACCCAUUAGUGAGAGGGCCAAAAUACAAGAGCAUGAAGGUGGGCGUAGGUCACCGGCUGGAUAUCAAGUCAUCUGGAGUGCUUGUGCUUGGCGUGGGACAUGGAAACAAGCUUCUCACGGACAUCUACAAUGCCCAUCUCACCAAGGAUUACACAGUUCGUGGGCUCCUGGGCAAAGCCACAGAUGACUUCUCUGAUGAAGGCAGGCUCAUUGAAAAGACAACUUAUGAUCAUGUGACCCCUGAGAAGCUCAGCAGAAUCCUGGCAGUCAUCCAAGGCUCUCAUCAGAAGGCCCUGGUAAUGUAUUCCAAUCUCGACUUGAAGACUCAAGAGGCCUAUGAAAUGGCUGUGAAAGGGUUAAUCCGGCCCAUGGACAAGAGUCCAAUGCUAAUUACAGGAAUCCGAUGUCUCCAGUUUGCUCCUCCUGAAUUCCUCUUAGAGAUUCAGUGUAUGCAUGAAACCCAGCAGCUGCUCCGUCGACUGGUGCAUGAGAUUGGACUGGAACUGAAAUCAGCUGCCAUCUGUACCCAGGUGCGCCGGACUCGAGAUGGGGUCUUUACCCUGGAGGAUGCCCUCCUGCGGACACAGUGGGACAUGCACAGCAUUCAGAAAUCAAUCCAGAAAGCAGCACCCCGAAUAGAGGCAGAGCUAGAAAAGUGCCAGACGGUAGCACUGUGCCCUAGAGAUCCUGUGGGACAACCUGUUUACUAACAGAUCCAGGUCACGGGCAAACUCAAGUAAACUUUCCCCAGGGGCUAAGCAGGAUGAGGCACACAGCCUUAGGAAAGAACAGCAGGGGAGGGUGCUGCAAUGGUGUGGGAGUUCCACGUUAGAGUUCAUGUACUGCCAGGAAGAAGAUUAGUGAAACUUUAAGAAUGAUCUUUGUCUAUUCAGUAAGUAAAAGGCCCUGCCCCCGGCUUUCGUGUAAGGAAGUGACUUGGUGUUCUUGGUCUAGUGAACAUAUUUGAGAAGGGGGCCCCUGAAGCAGUAUCCUUGGCUGCCUCGGUGAAUCUGGCGGAAUCUUGCCGACAUCAGUGGGAAAGUGGUGGUAGAGAGGUGGAGACACCAGGAAAAAGUGAGAAGACAGAUAGCAAAAGAGGAGGAACUAAUAUUCUUUAGUGCUUACACAGAUUUCACAGGACCUCUUCUAACCUGUCUUGAGAGGGAGGAAUGAGGAAGAACUGAGAUUUCUCUGAAGAACCCAGAGCAUUUAAUAGCUGAGAUUGUCCUGGUUUUUGUUACAGAGGGGGAAAACUGAGAUACGGUUUUGUGGAAAUCAAAUAGAAACCAGGUCUUUAUCUCUUUGCUACUUCCUUGACCACUGUAUCUCUAGGCAGGGUAGUUGUGGGGGAAAGAUCACUGGACUUUGUGUCAGAAAACCUCAGGCUGAAUCCAGAUUUGCCAUUUUCAAGCUAGAUGACCAUGGGUAAAUCACCUCACCUUUCUGAGUCUUAGUUUCUUCAACUAAAAGAAUAAGAAUUAUGAUAAGUAUUUCCUACCACAGUUAUCGUGAGGAUUGAAUGAGGUUGUGUGUGCAGAAUUGUGUAAACUUUUGAAGCGGUGUAUGAGGGUUAGGCGCUGCUGUUUAACAGUAACCCAAGACCACUUUCUAACAGCUCUGGGCUUAGGAUGGUGGAUAUCUGGGUGAAAGGCCGAGCUGCACAGGUGAUCUUUUUAAAACCCUCUUCCAGAGAUCUGGGCAUUACUUUUUGGCUUGUCACUUUACCUGAACUCAGAAAGGGCUGGGCCUCAUAUGUUACCGUGGGGAUGGGGCUAGUUUAGAGGUGAAAAGGAAGGUGAUUGCAGAGCUUGUUAUAUGUUGCUUAAACAACCAAGAGAUUGGAGUUUAGAAAACCCUGCUAAGGAAGGGACUUUGAAAUUCUAAAUAGACACUUUUUCUCCUGCCUUGACUCUUCAUCCUCCCUCUCCCCAAUCUCAACCCCUCCACGCUACUAUAUAUCUAGGUAUCAGAGACAGCCUUAGUCUGGGCUAGUAAGGAGCUUCUAGCACCCUAGCCUUUUAGGCAGGCAUGGGCUCUGCCUAGUAAUAGUCAGGUCACAAUGAAUGGUAAUAACCUUGCUGAUAAACUUGAAGCAUCAGCUCCACCCAUCAUUACUCAUACCACCCUUGUCCCCUCCAGAAUCCACCCCUUUUGUUAAGCAAACCAAAGUAUUUGCUCUCUGGAAAUAUGUUCUACUUCCAACAAAUACAAACUCCCAUAAAACCCAAAUGGAUUAUCAAGUCAGAUACUGCCUUCCUGCCUUGAUUCUCCCUGCCCAACUUGGGUUCAGGGAUGGGUUAGGGAUGUUAAUUUCUUCUCUCUCCUUCAUUUCUAUUCUGCCAGGAUGGCUAAUUUUUAGAAAGCUCCAUUUCAGGUGUAUCCCUCAGCUUGCAUAUAAUGGGUAUUUAAAAAUUCCUGCUGAAUAGAAUUGAAUUUCCACCCUUUCAUGUACCACAGCCUAGAUUUCUUUCAGUCAACACAUUUUUUUUUGAGUACCUACCAUUCAUUCACCCCUACACAUUUGUAGAGUGCUUUCUGUGUAGGUAGCAUUUGACUCGAUUGUAGGUAAUGUUCAGAUGAGACAUUCCCUAGAGCUUACAGUCUAGGGAAGGGGAAUAAGAUGUAGAUAGAUAGGUAGAUAGAUAGAUUAAGAUAUAGGUAAUUUAUACAAUACAUACAUGAAGGUAUAGUAAGAGAAGUACCAAGUACUAGCAUUUCAUUGGAGGGAAAUACUAAUUUCAGGGCACUUUUAUGCUUAGCACUGUGCUGGCUGCUGUAAUUACAUAAGAAAUGUGAGGCACAGUCCUAACCUUUGACACAUAGUUCUUUCCUGUCACACAUCUCUGCUUGUUCAUUUACCCCACAACCUCAGGUGUUUUUCUCCAACUAUGCUUUGAGCCUUCCACUUUUGUUCCCCUUCACCCUUCACUCUCAUCUUGGCUCUCAGGUAGCAUUUUUUUCUGGCCCAGUUUUUAUGGGUGUUCUAUAAAUGCUUAUUAACUUAAGGCCCCACAUAAAGAAAACAGGAGCCCCCAGGGCCCACAGUCUGCAUGGCAUUCACACAAAAUAGCAUGCAUGCCCUUGAUGGAUCAUACUCCUGUGUCCUAUCAAAAUCUUCCUUCCUGGCCCCUCAACUAGACAAUAGUUGCUGCACAUUUCACCAAAGGAAAGAAGUAAAGGACAGCAAGGAGCUCUUCCUUGUCUCUAGUGAUGGCUAGGUCAAAGUGAAGUGGUUUUAGUAUCAGCAGGUAGGAUUGAUAUUAGUCAUCACUAAGAAUUUCCUGUUUGUGCUGUGAGACAAUGGUACAUUACUAUUAAGGGAGGUGACGGGAUCAUCCUUGCAGGAGAUGUUUGAGUACCAUCUGUUGGGUGGGUAAGGGGAAGCAGGGUGCUAGAUGGAUCUCUAGGUUCCUUUCUGCCUAAGGAUUUUGCAUGUAGUAAUACAAGUUGGUGUCACAGUUACCUUUCCCAGAGCACUCUGAAGAAAACCUAGCUUAGAAAACCUGUGCUCUAGUCACUUGUGAGUCAUAUAACCAUGGACAAAUUGCCAAAUAUGAAUGAGCAUUGGUUUCCUCAUUUAUGAAAUGGAGGUAAUUAACGCCUGUCCUAUGUUCUUCGUAGUGUUAUUGUGAGGAUCAAAGGAUAUAAUGUAUGUGAAUAUAUGUGAUUACCUAUACAAGUGUAAGGUUGGUAUCAGCAACAUUUGAAAGAGCUGGGAUACUUUGAGAAGUCCCAGUGGCUAAACUCACCCUCUUUGUGAAGUUAGAUGGAUUCUCAAAUAAGUGCCAAUGGAAGCAAAAUAGACGUGUUCCUUAUCCUAACAAACCAGCUGGACAGGUUUGCUUUUUUUGGUGAGGUGGAUAAAGAAGCAAGGGAAACAGCGUAAGUCAUCUCUAGCAAUGAGCAGUUUUCCUCCUGCACAGUUUAAGGAUCAAGGAAAGACUGAAAUGACUAUUUACCAAGAAAGUUAUCUAUCUACAGUUGAUCCAAGUUGGCUAAUGUUGGGUUGAGGGUUAGCAAAAGUUUGCUCUUUAAAUAGAAUAAAGUUGUGUUUAAAUUUAAUUUGUGAUAGUUUGAGGGGAUUUAACAUGUAUGGAAAGCACUCUGUAACCAUAAAGUACUAUAUAAUUGUGAACUUAAACAUGCCUUGUGCUCAAGAUCAUGAGCAGGGAACUUGGAGUAAACACAAGAAACUUCUCCCCCUAUUAAAAUGCAAGCACUUUUUUCUAGUCUCUUAAAA